AUGAUAUUUACUUUUCAAUUUUUAAUUAAAUUUUUUAUAUUACCCUUUUUAAUUGUUAAUGGUUUUAAAUCAUCAGAUAAAGUUAAUACCUUAUCUGGUGUUGUUGAAUAUUUUGAAGAUUGGGGAUAUACUGAUAUAAGAGAUGGUGCACAUACAUUUUGGUGGUUAUUUGCAGCAAAAAAUGAUACCCCAGAAAGUAAAAGACCAUUAAUAUUAUGGUUACAAGGUGGUCCAGGAGCCUCCUCAACAGGAUUUGGUAAUCUUGAAGAGCUAGGACCAAAAGAUUUAAAUGGAAAUGAUAGAAAUUAUACAUGGUUACAAAUUUCGGAUGUUGUUUUUGUUGACAAUCCAGUUGGUUCUGGUUUUUCAUAUGUUGAUGAUUCUAGUAAAUAUACAAAAAAUGUUGGAGAGAUUGCUAGUGAUUUAUUAGUAUGGGCUAAAGAUUUUUUUAAUAAUCAACAUCCAGAAUAUAAAAAAAGACCAUUUCAUAUUUUUUGUGAAUCUUAUGGUGGUAAGAUGGCUGCAGAAUUUUCAAGAUACCUUUUUAAUGCAAUUAGAAAUAAAGAAAUAGAUAUUAAUUUUAGUGGGGUUGCUUUAGGUGAUUCAUGGAUAAGUGCAAUGGAUUUUGUUAAUACAUGGCCUGAAUACCUUUAUUCUUUAUCUUUUCUUGAUGAUAGAGAUUUAUCUAUAGCAAAAAGUAAAGCUAAUGAAUGUCAAAAGUUAGUUGAUGGGGGAAAAUUUUCUGAUGCAACAAAUUGUUGGGGUGAUAUGGAAAAUAUUAUAGGUGACUUAACAAAUGGUGUUUCAUGGUAUAAUAUAUUAAAAAAUUCUGGUACUGAUGACUGGUCAACAAGUAUUAAAAAACUUUCAAGUAAUAAUAAAAAUAUUGAAAAAUUAUAUAAUCAUUAUGUUUCACCCCUUCAAAAUGAUGCAUUAUCUGAUUUUAUGAAUACAAAAGGUAGAAAAAAAUUUGGUAUUAUUCCAACAUCUGUCAUAUUUGGUGGACAAAGUGGUGAUGUAUUUGAUAAUCAAUCUGGUGAUUUUAUGAAACCAAAUUAUGUAACUGUUGAUUAUUUAUUAUUAAAUAAUGUCAAUGUAACAGUAUAUAAUGGACAAAUGGAUUUAAUAUGUGACACAUUAGGUGUAAAUAAAUGGAUAGAAAAAUUAACAUGGAAAGGUAUGUUAAAUUUUUAUAGUACACCUAAAGUUCCAUAUUUACUUAAACAAUCUCAACAAACAGCAGGUUUUUAUAAAAAAUAUUCUAAUUUUCAACUUUGGUAUAUUAUGAGAGCAGGACAUAUGGUUGCAUAUGAUUCACCUUUAGCAACACUUAAAAUGGUAUCAAUAAUAAUUAAUAAUAUUAAGUCAUUUUAA